UGAAGCCACAGAUUUAAAUGUAAUUAAAAUGAUGGAAGAAAUCUUUAAAGGGUCUUCAAAGUUCUGGGAGAAUUAAUAAAGCUAGCUCAGUGGUAGAUCACCUACUUGGCAUGUAGAUAGCAUCAGAGUGUCCAACCCUUUCAUGCCAUGGAUGCAGUAAAUGACUGGAACAAACACCAUUUGGAAACCAGCCCCUUGGCCCCAGUCCCAGAAGCCUGAGAAGUGACCAUUCAUUUGCCUUUGCAUGUCGUUAUGGCCACCAAGCCCAGAACAGGUGCUGGUUUCACCUGGUGAUUUAUCUCCUAUGGAGUCUGAUGGAGCAGGAACUGUUCCACGCAGCCCAUUCUCCUUGCAUACCCCACCUUCCGACCCUGUCCAACCCUGGAGCUAUAAAUCCCCAUCAGCCAGGCUAAGCUAGUUACCCCUCAUACAGCUGCCAUCUCAGCUCCACACUUCCUCUGCCUCCUUUGCGGGGUCCCGAGACCAUGCAGACAUCUCUCAUCUCCUUCUUCUUCUCCAUCCUGUUUGUCGCAGGUCUUUGCUUGCAUUGUGAGCACUGCAGCAGCAACACGGACUCCUGUACUGGGGUGCCAGUUCUGUGUGAACAAUCCCAAACUGCCUGCCUCAUCCUUACCAUAGAGACCACAACUGGGCAUGAUGUGUCCUUGGCCACCUACAAAGGCUGCACCAAGCUCAUGUACUGCCCUUCAUCCCCCACGAGCUUCACUUUUCCUAACCAGCGCGAACGGAGAGCUGCAAAGUGCUGCCGCAAGGAUCUCUGCAACAGUGGAGAAGUGACAAUGCGCCGGCUGCAGACCAGACCAAACGGACUGAAAUGUCCUGGGUGCUUCUCACAGGACCCAAGCUGCCUACCCACCGAGAUAAUAAGCUGCAAUGGCUGGGAAGACAACUGUGUCUACUAUGAUUUUUCUGUGGAGCAGGAUGGUCAGAUCUACACUUACGCAAAGCGUGGUUGUGCAACCAAACGUGCUUGUCUGAAUGAGCCACGUUACUUUGGGAUCCCUGGAAUGUACAUGGAAAUUCUGAAAAAUCCCCAGUGCACUGCCGCUCCCAAAAUACUCACCAAAAUUGGCAAGUAGCAAGUCCCUCAGGAAAGCACAUCUCAUGAAGAGACUCUGCCAAACUAAAGAUCUGCCGAGGCAUUUCUCAAGCAGCCACAUACCAUUCUUACCAGGAAAUUUUCAUUGAUUUGUAAGGUGGAAUAAUUUGCUAUUCCAAUAUUUUGUUUGUCAGAAAUAAAACUGAAUAAAAUCAUGUUAAGAGUGAAGGAGAUUUGCUUCUUUAAGUUUUCCUCCAUGCUCCUGGAUGUCUCAUUUUCAUUAAGUGCCCCAUUUUCAUCCUGCUUUGUAGGGAGCUGUUCAAUCAGAUUCCCAGUUGAGUCAUCAUGAGGAAAUUGUGGUUUAACAAACCAGGAUGUCUUUUCUUAAGAUG